UGGAUUGAUAGCCAAGUACCAAGCAACCUCCCACCAUAUCGUGACUGCCGCGGCUCGUGGAGACCGGAUUUUCUGAUUGAAGAUGAAAGCCGCAAAGGUGUCCCGGGCCCUAUAGAAAAUUUUCGAAUCAGUGAAAUAAACGCUCGUUUUCCGUUCAAUGGAAUGAUGUAUGCGGCUUGUGGGCAACAGGCACUGAAGGAGGAGGGUAUCUGCGAUGCAGGUAAUGGAUUAGUCGGCACUACUGAACCCGCCGAGAUGCUGGGUGGCCUUCUAGGGCUUUUCGAUCCCAACUUGCCAUUGCACCUUCUCAAAGGGGACGAACCUGGCAUUGACAUUCAUAUGGUUGUGGAGUAUCUCAGAACACGUUUUGGAAUCAAGCCUCGUUUUGUGCUGCCAGCUGAUCUCAGGCUCGUGCCAUGUUCACAAGCCAAAGGCGGUUACCGGCUCUGUUGCGUGAUAAGAGAUACUGAAGCCCAAAACACCGAGCACGUGAAACCAGUGAUCUAUUAUGAUGGAGAGACCAUGGAAGAGAUCUAUCAGGUUGGCCUGGAGCUCUACCAAAAGGAACUUCGUGCUCUGAGUUCAGAGAUGCUCCGCCAAGUCAGCCUCCGGUGCUUCAACGACUUGCGUACUAUUUUACUUGUCCACGAUAAGCGAAUGCUGGGGAUUGUCAGACAGGAGCUCGACUCUCUAGUAGAAAGGGAUAUUAUCACGCAUGCGCAGGCGAAGAUUCUUGAUAAAGGCAUUGCCGAUACGAUACUCCCUGGCUCAGCUGAACUUGAAGAGUUGAUCGAAUCCUGCAAGAAGGACCCUGACCUGAAAAAAGAUUAUAUCCUCAAGCCGAUCCGAAGUGGAAAGGGGGAUGGGAUUGUGUUUGGCGAAGACAUCAAUCCCGCUAACUGGAUGUCAAGCUUGGAGGGCCUGCGCUCCUCGCACUUAGUUACGGGUGGUGGAACCUGCAUUGUCCAGCGCAGAAUCAAUCAGAUUCGACACAAUGUAGUAUUGCGCCCGACGGGUGUCAUGACUAGAUAUCCCCUUGUUGGAACCUACCAUUCGAUCCAAGGGGAGUUCCUGGGAGUUGGGGUGUGGAGAAGCAGUCCACAUCGGAUCUGCGCGAUCAGCCAGGGGGGAGCGUGGACUUGCUCUGUGAGCCCCAGCAGCUGAUUGGGAUUGAGUGUUGAAUUGAUUGAUUUGUCUUUGUUUGGGUGAUAAUCAUUAG